AUGUGGUUCAAUGGUACACAGCCUAAAACACACAUUGAGGAAGCUAAUCGUCAUCUCAACGCUUUAACAACUAGGAUUAAGGAACUGGAAAUACAACUCAAAACUAAGGAGGAAGAGCUAAACAAAAAGGAAGAAGACUUCAACAUAGUUAUGCAGGAAGUACAUGUAAAACGUGAAACAGAAGUAAACAAUCUUAAUGAAUUAAUAUUUAAACAAAAUGUAAAACUCCAACGUUUAGAACGUGAUCUACUCAACCGGGACUCGGAACUCAGCGUUUUACGUAAACGUUGUCGUAUGUUUGAUGAAGUACUUAGAUACAAAGCUACAUUAGCGAAAUUGACUAUUACAAUGGAGCAAGCCGAACAGUAUGCAAAUUUAACAGCUAAAAGUUACCCAGUCAGUGCUAAUAGUAACGGUGUUAAGAGCCCUCUCGAUGUUAUCAACACAGAUCCAAGUCCACUUAUGAUACGAAAUGUUGGUUCAAGCACUGAUAUAACAGAAACUGAUUGUUUAAUUGAAGAAGUUGGGAAAACACUUAUCCAGUCUGAAGGUCAACGAACAAAAUCAUUGGCCCAUAUUGUUAGUAAUGGUCAGUUGUGA